CCUUUAAUGUCAUAUGAUCCCACACAGGCUACAUGCUCACAGUGGAGGUAAUGGUGUGUAGAAGAACAUUUUAAGACGGUUUUAAGGAAGUAAUGGAUUUAAAUUGCAACAUUUAAUUAGAACAUGAAUUCUAGGCAGCAAAAGAAGAUCUGAAGCAAAAAGAAAAUCAAGAGAGAAACUGAUUGGAGCGACCUCAAUGACUCCACCCUGAAGCAGAUGAGUAACCGCACAGGCAGCAGGAGGCAGAAAGCUGCGGAGGAUGGAGAGCGGAGUCUCAUUGGACCUCCCUCCGGGGAGAACUUCCAGGGCCGAGACGCCUCUACUCCGUACUUCGUCUAUUUGUUGGCGUUUUUCUCCGCCCUGGGAGGAUUCCUCUUCGGGUAUGACACGGGCGUGGUCUCUGGAGCGAUGCUGCUCCUCAAGAAGGAGAUGCACCUGAGCGCCCUAUGGCAGGAGCUGCUGGUGUCCAGCACGGUGGGGGCCGCGGCGCUCUCUGCCCUCAGCGGGGGCUUCCUGAACGGGUGGCUGGGACGCAGGAUUUGCAUCCUCAUCGCCAGCUUCAUCUUCAGCGGCGGCGGAAUUAUUCUGAGCGUGGCCCAGAACAAAGAGGUCCUCCUUGUUGGCAGGAUCACAGUGGGCUUAGGCAUUGGCAUUGCUUCUAUGACCGUUCCUGUGUACAUCGCAGAAGUUUCCCCUCCACAGCUGAGAGGCCAGCUGGUCACCAUGAACUCCCUUUUCAUUACCGGAGGCCAGUUCAUCGCCAGCGUGGUGGAUGGAGCUUUCAGCUACCUGAGUCACGAUGGAUGGAGGUACAUGCUGGGCCUGUCUGUCCUUCCUGCCGUGCUGCAGUUCUUCGGCUUCAUCUUCCUCCCAGAGAGCCCCCGCUGGCUCCUGCAAAAAGGCCGGCAUCAGGAGGCUCGUCAAGUCCUGGGCCGGAUCCGGGGGGAGCAGAAUAUCGAGGAGGAGUACAACGCCAUCAGGGACGGCAUCGAGGAAGAGGAGAAGGAAUCGGGAUCAGGAGGCGUGGUCAUUUUACGCAUCCUCAGCUACGGCCCAACUCGCAGGGCGCUCAUCGUCGGUUGUGGUCUGCAGAUGUUUCAGCAGAUAUCUGGGAUUAACACAAUGAUGUACUACAGCGCCACCAUUCUGCAGAUGGCAGGAGUACGGGAAGACAAACAGGCGAUCUGGCUGGCUGCAGCAACUUCAGCAACCAACUUUGCUUUCACAUUAGUGGGGGUAUGGCUGGUGGAGAGAGUCGGCCGCCGGAAACUGACCCUGGGCAGUCUUCUAGGUACCGGACUGAGUCUGACGGUGCUGGCAGUCGGAUUCCUGCUUUCAGCCCAAAACUCUCCUCCUGUUACCCUCCAUCCUGUCGACUCUGGAAAUUCAACCUGCAGGCUUUAUGGGUCCUGUGACCCUUGCAUGCUGGAUCCAGGCUGUGGAUUUUGUUACCUUGACAACGGCAAUGGAGCGUUCAACUCUUCCUGCGUCCCUGUUAAUCCAGCAUCUACUGACAAUGCGGCGUGGGGAAGAUGUUUUAACAAGACGGAAGAAUCCGGCGGACUAUUCUGGGCUUAUAAUUACUGUCCUACACCGUACUCCUGGAUUGUCCUUUUGGGCCUCAUCCUCUACCUCGCAUCGUUCGCUCCAGGUAUGGGCACAAUGCCCUGGACUGUGAACUCGGAGAUCUACCCCCUGUGGGCACGCAGCACUGGAAACGCCUGCUCCGCUGGUGUUAACUGGAUCUUCAAUGUCCUGGUGUCUUUGACAUUUCUUCAUGUUGCAGAGUAUCUGACCUAUUAUGGUGCGUUCUUCCUCUACGCUGGCCUGACGGUGCUCGGCCUCCUCUUCAUCUUUAGCUGCCUCCCAGAAACAAAGGGUUUACAGCUUGAGGACAUAGAGAACCUGUUCACCAGGCAGCUGUGCUCUUGCGGGGACCUGCCGACCAACACCAGUCGCCACGUCCAAUACAUCCGGCAGUCUCCAGAUUUCAGCGCGGCACACUAUGGAGCAGUGGACUCUGACUGUGCCAUAGCCUAUAUCUCUGUAAGUACAGCCUCAAGGUGAAGGCCUUCUGUAAACAAUGCCAAAUCCCACCUUCUAACGUCCAAUCAUAUGUCCUUGUUCUUGCAGCUCAGAUAAGCGAGGUCAAGCAACCCUGAUUAAAAAGAAUUUUUUUUUAUACGCAAAGCCCUUUUUUUGCACUUGUUCACUUUGAUAUGUGCCUGUUUUACUUCAUGGUACUGUGGGCCCUUUGAAAUUUACUAUUAUAAUGUUUCUCAUGUUGGGAUUUUAUAUAUCCAUUACAGGCCUUGCAGUGUUUGCAAAUUAGUGUCUGUAUAAUGUUUAAUGGUGACGGUUGUUAUCUUGUUUUCUAAUGCUGUUCAGGUCAUCAGGCAUUCCUUUAAACACUCUACAAUGUACAACCAAUCAAAUCAUUCCAAGUGCAAAAUAAAAAUGUUUUACUAACAGA